AUGCGACCGUUUUCUAUGCCCGUUGGGGUCGUGUUCGGGUCCUUGUUCGUACUCAUCGUCUCUUCGUCCCCUACGAGCAACAAUGACGCCUUUGGCGCCGUCAACCUCCUUAAACGAUACGACGGCAUCCCCUCCCCAUGCGAUAUGGAAUUCGACAGAAAUGGAGAGACUUCGUGCAACGAUUACUGCAGCCAAGUCGAGGGCACCUGCAAGAAGAAGCGUCUCGGCGGCUGGAAGUGCAAGUGCAAAGGCUGCGGGGAGAGCUUUUCACAUUAUUCGGACUGCGCCGAUGUGUGCAAGGGGACGAUCGGCUAUACCGCUCAAUGUGAUCCAUUCCGCGGCAAGUACCAGUGCGAUUGCUACAGGAAGCCACCCCCGACGCAAGGCGGUGGCGUCCUUGGCGCACCCCUUUACCAAGAGGAAGCACAACCCCCAAGCUACGGCACCUCCAGCGACCAACCCCCUAACUACGAACAAGGCUACUCCAAGGACUGA